UGUACACACACUUAACGUAAUUUGAGUUAAUAAAAUAUUCAAAUGGAAUUUUUUUUCGAUUUAAUUUGAUACUGGUUAAUAAUUUAAGAUGAAUAAAUCGAAGAUACUACAUGAAUUCACGAAAAUAAAUCGUAUUUUACGUCGUUAUAAAAGUAAACAACAUUGGGCAUCCAAAAAAUUAUUCCCAAAAGAUCGUGCAUUAGAACAAUUUGAUGAUUUUUAUGGAAAUGUAUAUGGCAACGAUUGGAAAUCAAUUCGAGUUGCAUUAUUAUCCGAACAUAAAUACUGCGCUGUUGUUAAUAACUUUGGGGACACUGAAAAAACGAUACAAAACUUAGAAAAUAAUGGUGCAAUUAAUGUUCGAGCUUUAUACGAAGUUAAUCGUCAAAAUUAUUUAGAAAAAUCUAGUGAAAAAGUUGAGAAAAUUUAUAAAUUAGAUAAUACGAUCGAUAAAUUUAAGGAUGCCAAAAUUCAAAAAGAUUUUGAGAAUAUUUAUGGGGAAAAUGAAAUUAAUGUACGGGAUUUGAAAUCUGAAGAGCCUUCUACAGCUAAAGUCGAAGAACCUGAAAUUAAAAGAGAUUUAUCUCUUCAAAAAAGUUUAGAUUCUGCUCAGAUCGAUUAUUCACGAAUUAUAAAUCCUGAUGUUGGAUUAUCAGGUUCGGCAUUGUAUGAAUAUAUUCCUGCAACGAAAUUAAAAGGAAUGGAAGAUUGGAUUUUAGAAUCGGAUCAUUAUAGAUAUUACGAAACGUCUUCAGAAUUCUCUGUAAAAAUAGUUAAAGAAAACAAAUUAAACUUCCCAGAACAUUUACAUAUUUAUUCCUAUGAUCGUGGCAAUAUCUCACAUUUUCCAUCUGUACGAAAAUGUUCUACGGGAGUCCUAGACAAAUACUUAUUGGAUGGUGGCUCAAUUUUACCGGUUCUAGCGUUAGAUUUACAACCAAAGGAUCAUGUAUUGGAUAUGUGCGCAGCUCCAGGUGGGAAAUCUUUAAUGAUAAUGCAGUCAUUAUUAACUGAUUACCUAGUUUGUAACGAUCUACAAGAAAGUCGUUCACGACGCGUCAUAAAUGUAUUCAAACAAUAUUUAUAUGAUUAUGAUCGCAUUAUUAAUAAUAAAUUAGUGAUAACGAACGGAGAUGCUCGGGGAAUUACAGAAUCAAACGUGUUCGAUAAGAUUUUGGUAGAUGUUCCUUGUACAACAGAUCGACAUGUUGUUAUGGAGAAUGAUAAUAAUAUUUUUAAACCAACUAGGAUUAAGGAACGGCUACGUUUACCUGAAUUGCAAGCGGCACUUUUAACGAAUGCGUUAAAAUUAGUUAAACCAGGUGGAACUGUUGUCUAUUCGACAUGUUCCUUGAGUCCCAUACAAAAUGAUGGAGUUGUACAUAUGGCGUUAAAGAAAAUUUGGCAAGAGACAAAUUUUGAACUUACUGUUAGCGAUUUAUCGGAAGCUUUAAAACCAAUGAACUGUUUGUUUAAGAUCAAUGAUCGGAUUGGUCUAAAAUACGGUCAUAUAGUUGUACCAUUUUUACCAAAUAAUUUUGGACCUAUGAAUUUUUGUAAAAUUAAUAAAAACAUAACGUAAAUUUA